AUGGCAAGAGCUUUUAGGAGAGUAGUUGAUCUUGUUCUACUCAAUAAAACUAGUGUAGUUGGUAUCGGUCUUGGAAUCUAUAUGUCAAAAAGAUUCAACAGAAAUAUGACAGAGUUGGAGUAGAACACUCAGGAUAAGAAACUGUUUGAUCCCUUAAAAGCUAAGGCAUAGAUCGAGGUUUACAAGGAAAUUUAUAAUAUUGGAGAGGAAGGAGAAGAAGCUCAGAAGAAAAAGGAUAAUGUCUUGAAGAUUCUGCAGUCUGCCAGUGAUAAUGACAUUGAAAAGAUCAACAAAUUUUUCGAGAAGUCUAACUCUCAAGAUUAAUCUGAAAUCGAGAAGGAAAUAGAAAAUCUAAAAAGGGAAAUUGAUAGUCUAGAAGAGGUCAAUAGUUCUCAUCAAGGCUUCAAAUUCUACAGAACUGUGAUGACAAAGGACACAUUCGAAGAUGCAUUAAUUGAAUUGAGAGAGAAAUAAUUUGAGAAGAAGUUUAGGAAGGAUAAGGAAGAUCUAGUUGGAACAACUCCAAAGAUAACUUUACUCUCCUCUUAUAAUUUAGCAUCUAUAGCCCCAGGACAAGGUGCCUACGGACAAACUAUACUUCAAUAGAUUAUUGGAGAAACCUAGGAAUAUGUAAAAAUACUAGAAAGAGUUAGUAAAUAUUUGAAAAAUAAUGGAAAUCCAUUAUUGAAAAAAGGUGCGCCAGGUCCAUAAAGAUAUGACAAUAAAAAUACAGGAAGUGCAUAGGGGUCUCGAGGUAGCAUGAAACCAGCUUCUUAACCCUCAUUAUCAGAAUUAAACUAAAUACCCAUAGAACUGCCUCCAGGAUUCAAGACGAGAAUCUAGCUUGAGCAUUUUGUUACAUUUUUCAGCGCUUACCUAAGAAGAACUCCGCGAGUCAUUGAGCUUGCAAUAAGAGUUGCUUAUUCUGAGGGUAGAUGCUAUAAGACAGUAAUGGUGCUAUUGAAGCUUUUCCCUGAAUCAAGAGAUCCCUAGGAUGAAUCAAUAUUUGACAAAAUUUAUCUAAUUCAGCUUUUCCUUUAGACUCUGAAUAGCAAGCAACUUGCUUUUUAUGAUAAGAUUACCAAGAGUCCUGAAUAUGAAUAAGUAGCUAAAAAUGUUCUUAGCACAGGCGGAACAAAAACUAAAAGCGUGAAGGAAAUAUCUGAAACCAGCAAAAUCAUCAAGGAAAAGAUGGACUCAGAGUUGAUUUCGAUACUUAAUAAUUUUGAAAUCAAAGCAGAGUUUUUCGUUUCUUCUCCAUCUAUUAAAAAAAUAUGGCAGAAUCACUUUUCUGAUUAUUAUAGAGUGCCGCUUGAUAUGUUUAUUCAGUCUUUUGAUUACUAUUUUACUAAAAAAUCCUACAAUAAAGACUCAAUUAUUUUAACCUAAGAGCGAAUCGAAAAUCUUAAAUGGGUUUUCAAUUUUGUAAGAGAUGAAUCAGAUCCUGAAGAAAAGUUAAAUUUUAAACUCUUGCUUGAAAAUAUAGUGAACAUUACUGACUUCAUUAAGUUCAGUUAGUUGCUAAAGAUAUUUGAACCAGAUGAAUUCGAUUAAUGUAUUUAAAAGUUGAGAACAGAAACUUCAAUUGGAAACUUGUAUAUGUAGGAUGAAACUUUAAGCAGGCUAAGUGAAAGUGUCAAUGCCAAGUACUUAAGUAGAGAUAUAGAAAAAGCACAUUUGAGAACUGUGUUUGUGAGAACUUCAUGUGAAAUAAAAAGACAUCCUCUAGAUUUCAUACUUUUGAUGAAUCUCUUUGGAAUGAAAAAUAUAUACCUAGAAUACAGAGAUAAGAUACUGCAUGAGAUUUUGCAAGAGGAUCUACAUAUGAUGGAGAGAUUGAAACAAAACGACUCAAAGCUACACAAUAAUGAAGUUAUUAGUGAAUUCAAAGAAACUGAAGAGAAAUUUUAGAAGCCUUUAAAUGUUCAAUCCUAUUUGUAAAUGAAUUUGGACGCUUUCCAUGAAGGGUCAAUCACCAAAAAGUAUAAUGAAAUGGUGACAAUGUCUUACAUGUCUACGUUUUAGUAAAAUUAAGAGGAAGCUCAGGCAUUGUUGUUAGAUCAAAUCAAAGUCGACAAGAGUUACUAGAAAUACGAUAGAAGAGAUCAUGGCUAUCUGAUUACAUUUGAGCAUGAAAAUGAAGUGAAUGAAUUGUUGAAUAAAAAGCACUACUAAACACUGUUCUAAGAGAUUCUUAAUGAAAAGGAUAUCAAAGUACCAUUUUUCAUUAAAUUUGAUGAGAUAAAUCAAUAUGCCCAGGGAAAACUAGCUGGAAAAUUAUUCUCUAUCUAGAGCCUCAACAAUCUAGACCUAAAUCAAAUCAAAGAGCAUAUAAUGAAGAAACUUAUAAACCGAAACUCAGAAAAAUAUUUGAUUAGAAAAAAAUACUUCGACCUCUAUCUGAUGGUUGGAAACAUCUCGAUAGAUGGAUUUAAAAGAGAAAGCUAUAUUCUUAAAGUUAGGGAUUUUUCAGAGGACAUUGACAAAGCAUAGAGAUAACUCCAAGAGGAAGAGCAUAACAUUGAAACAGCAGCUUAAGAUUAGAUUUAUCACGAUGAUGAAGCAGAUGAUAAGUACACUAAGAGAAGAAAAAGUAGAAACUUUAGAGAUGUGAAUCCCCUUUCAAAGGCAAGGACAACAAUCUCUUUUGCAGAGAAUCUUCAAAAUAUUACGAAAAGAUUACAGGAGAAGCUGACAUUAAAAUAAAAAAAGUGGAUUGAAAAUGACAAGCUAUUUAAGGAAAGAAGGUUUACACUCAUGAAUGUUCUAUAGCAAGAUCUAGCUCUUCAGUGUGAUGUCACUAAGCAUAUAUACUACAAUGAGUCAAUUCUUCAUAAGAGAAUCACUUAACAUGAAAAGGCCAUCCUAAUGGUAGAUUAGGUGUUUGCAUUGAAUAGAGUUAAAUCUUAGAGAUUUUUAUCUGAAAUUCAAUUGAUAGUAAAGGACAAGUAAGAUUAGCUUUUCGAUCUAAAAUCUACAUUUAAUGACCUGAUUACAAAAGACUAAGCUAUUGAACAAGAAUAAUAACAAAUGAAAAAGUAAAUUGAGGAAAUGAUUCAGCUUGGUGCAUUACGAAGGGAAAGGGAUCAGACAAUGAUCGAUAUUUAAGAGCAAGAGCUGAGAAUUACAUAACUAAAAAAAUCUUUAGGAAUUACUGAAAAGCCUAAAUCUUAACAAAGAAAAACAUCAUAAGGGGGAAACAACGCCACUUCAUAAUCUGCACUAUCAAACUAAACUAGAUCUAAAUAGUCUUUUGCAAUUGAUAAGAAUCCAAAGACACCAAAUAAUGCUAAUGUCAAUCUAGGCUAGAUUUAAGAAGUGUAGGAGGAGAAUAAGACUAAUGGCGGUUGGGAAAGAAUCUUCCCCAGAGAAAAUGAAUUAGCAGUAUCAAGACAAUUAGGACUUUUGAAAAUGGAAAUAUGCAUUACAAAUAGAAACUUGAUCUUAGUACAAAACUUAAUGAAUUUAUAAGACGGCUCUUCCAGCGGACUUCUCACUCGCUCAAAUCAUAAGCAAGAAUAGCUUAACAAUUCUAUUUCGCCUGCUAAUAACACCACUAGCUUUAUCAAUGGGAACUAAGAAAGAUAACUUUACGGUGCUAAUGGUGGCACCACUGUAAAAAAAGAAAGAAUUGAAAAUGCCAUUCAUGAGCUUGAUGGACUUAUCACUAAGUCAUUAGUUGCAGAUGAGCAAAAGUUCAAAAUCUUUAAGGAAUAGACUCAUGAACUAUUUGGCAAGCUAGAAGAUGAGUAAAAUCAAAGAGAAGACCACGACGAGUCUCUUAUAAAGAACAUCAAAUCAUUUGAAAAUGAAGUCAAGUUUAAGAUAACUAAAUGCAAAAAUGAAAAAGAGAGUGAAUUAGUUAAGCAAAUAGACGAGAUAGCAUUUUAACUCACUCUAGAAUUGGCAAAGAGUAAAAAAGGCAGAGAGGAGACUGAAGAACGCUAUAGUAAUGAACUCAACGAUUUGCUUGAAAAGGUUGAGAUGUAAUUGGAAGCUGAAAGAAGAACUAGAGAAGAUAACACUAAUAAAUUAAUGAAGAAGCUAAAUGAUGAGAUUAACAAGUACUCUGAUAUGAUAAUGCUUGAAAGAAAAGUCAGAGAGGAAACAUAAAACACCCUUUUCAGGAUGAUUGAAGGUAAAACCAUCUUAUUUUUAAAUUAAUAGAUAUGGAGAGUAAUUUAUCUCGAGAAAUUGACAAUGAAAGAAAAGAGAGGGAAGAAAACGAAGAGAGCUUUAUGA